ACGUGGACCCCUUGCAGCCGGUGACCUCCGAUGAGACGGUGUCCGUGGGGGGGACGGUGACACUGACCUGCCAUGUGGCCGAGAGCGACAACUCCUCCCUGCAGUGGUCCAACACGGCCCAGCAGACCCUGUACUUUGGAGAGAAGAGAGCGCUCAGAGACAACCGCAUCCAGCUGCACCGCUCGACGUCCACCGAGCUCUCCAUCAUGAUCGGUGACGUGCAGAUGUCCGACGAGGGCGAGUACACCUGCUCCAUCUUCACCAUGCCGGUCCGCACCGCCAGAGCCACGGUCACGGUUCUAGGUGUGCCCGGUAAACCUCAGAUCUCCGGCUUUGAGGAUGCAGUGCCAGAGGGGGGCAAAGUCACCCUGACCUGCACCAGCACCGGCAGCAAACCCCCCGCCAGUCUGAUCUGGUACCGUGGAGAGCAGGAGCUGGAAGGACGCCCCAACGUGGUGGAGCCGGUCCCCGACGACCCCACGUACAACGUGAGCAGCGAGCUGACGCUGGAGGUGAGCCGCGACGACGACAACGCCCUCAUCACCUGCGCCGUGGACCAUCCGUCGCUCGCCCCCGGGGACAAGAGGAGCGAGCAGGCCCUGCGGGUGCUGUAUGCCCCCAACACAGUGAUCCAGCCUGAGAGCGAUUUGCCCAGAGAGGGGGAGAAGUUCUAUCUCAAGUGUUUGGGCAACAGCAACCCAGAGCCGGCCUCCUUCAUCUGGGAGAAGAAGGAUGGCGAGCUCCCCUCGCUGGCCAAAGCCGACGGCGCUCUUCUACAAUUCGAGAUGCUCAACAAAUCAGAUAAUGGCGUCUACCUCUGCAAAGCAGUCAACGACAUCGGCAACAGCCAGGGGGAGUACACACUCCUGGUGCAAGAUCUCUCGGACCCAGACAACCCGGACACUACCUCCCCCCCCACUGACUCUCCGAUAUCUACGUCUUCCCCUCCGAUUGAUUCGUCUUCCCCUCCGAUUGAUUCGUCUUCCCCUCCUACCGCCUCCCCCACUGAAGUCUUAUCUUCCUCCAGCUCUGAAUCCACUUCCGCCUCCACCCCAUCCCCCUCUCCCUCUCCCACUCCCACCCCCUCGGAGGCGGACGUGUUGACCACCAUAUCCGAUUCCUCCACCACCGCUCUCUCAAACGCCCUCUUUCCCGACCUGCCAUUCUCCCCUUCAUCCUCCCCGGCAACCCCUCCUCUCUCCUCUGCAAGCAUCGCUCCAUCCACUGCCACUCCCUCCUCCUCCUCCUCCUCCUCGUCCUCCUCCUCCUCCUCCGCCUCCUCCGCCCCAUCCUCCCCUACUCUCCCAGUUUCCGUCCAGCUGAAUGGAGUUUACACUUUCACAGAUGCUGCAGACAACAUCCCAGGAACUUAUCUGACCCACGAAGCCAAGGGCUCGGACGACGCCCCUGACGCGGACACGGCCAUCAUCAACGCGGAGGGAGGCCACUCUGGAGCAGAGGACAAGAAGGAGUACUUCAUCUAGACCGAGGAGGGAGCAGUGGAGAAAAGGAGCGGCAGGAGGAGAUGGAAAAGUUGGAGGACGUGUGGUAGUGGGGAUGGGGAGGAGUGAAGUGGGGGAGAAAAACCUCCAUGUUGUUUUCUCAACGCUUCAGUUCUUCACUCGGUCGGAGGGAUGCCCGGGGGGGGGGGGGGGAGGGGUGGUGGAAGAACUGUGGGCAGCGUAAAGCGAUGAGUUGAGCUCCGACUUGGUACGACCCUCUUUGCAUUGAUACAGGGAAGUGAGAUUUUGCACUUGACAUACGGACAAACUGAGGUUACACACUCACACACACAGACCCACACACAGACCCACACACAUACACACACACACACGCGAGUCGGUUUUGGGAAGCCCCUCUUCUCACGGACUCCAGCGCUCGUAGAUGCUCAGAAUACGGAACGCGAGCUUCCUACUAACACGUCUGAAUUAAGACAUUUCUACUCAAGCAUCGCAUCUAUUUCUAACUCGAAAAGGCAGAAUCGUUACUCACAUCCCCCCCAACCCCCCCCCCCCCCCCCAACCCGUCCUGACACUUCACUUCUCACCACGACACCAACGUGCCCCCCGACAUCAAAAGCAGCUCAGUCCUUCACAUCUUUUUUCUUUUGUCCAGCCGACGAGGCAGAAUCCCUCUGUCACACCCGAGUGGCAGAGAAAUCCACCCCCACCCCCCCACCACCCACACCCCCCUCGCAGUUUCAUUUUUUUUACUCCAUGAAAACCUCUUUCUGUGCCGAAGAUCCCCCCCACCCCCCACCCAAACCCCCCCACCCAUCAACGCAGCAACAUGCAACAAUCAUGCAAAACUAGCAUUCCCACCCUGCGCUACAAAGCCAAGGGGCUCCAGUAUACAUAUAUAAAUAUAUAUAAAUAUAUAUAUAGAAGUAUAUAGCAUUCUUUUUACUUGACAGAAAAUGUUUGGUGUGCUGUAAAUACACUCUCUGUCCUCUCUCUCUCUCCCCUCAGUAUCUCCCCUCUCUCUCUUUCUCCCCCCCCUACAUCUCCCUCUCUCCUGUAUCUGUUACUGCAUUACAGUGACGUAUAUACUCUUAAAAAAAAAAAGUAACGCCUGCCUGUUUUUAUUAACGUACGAGACAAAAAUAUCAGUAUCUGGGGGGAAAAACUAAAAAUUAUGACAAAAAUAACCACGAUGACGUUGCGAUGAAAACUAACCUUAACUGCAAAUACUUGUAUGAGGAAUGUUUCCUUGUUUUUUUCUUCCCUGCGUUCUUUUAUUUCCCGUUCUUGGUUUUCAUGACUCGUGAGAGACUUCCUCUCGUCGGUGUCUCGGUGUGUUGCUGUCAGUGAUCACAGUGUCUGUCAGUCUGUAGCAUUUACAACGUGUGGUUUUGAUUUUGAGGUUUAAGGGUUUUUUUUUUAUGCUGUUGUGUGUUGACCCCCCCCCCCCCCCCCCCACUCCAGUGUCCACGCGUCCACUGCCGCCAUUUUGUCCUCCCGAAAAAAAACUAAACUGUAGCAAAACCUUGUUUGAAAACAUUUUCAGAGGGGGGGGGGGGGCAACCUGUUCGAUGGAGCUUUCCUGGAGCUCCACUCGGCCCUGCACCUCCCGCCUCCACCUUCACCCCCCCCAACAGCAGACUGCUUGUCUUGGCACGAGCACCCGGCGCUAGAAUUCAUUGAGUAGUGACUUCAUGACUUCCUCUAAGACGCUGGCACUCGCUUGCUUUCCACUACAGAGCCAAACAAGAUUGCCCACAUGCAUCAUGACAAACUUCCUGGCAACAAAAAAAACCCACAAACCCUUCUCUGUUAUUGUUCUUUCUCUUUCCUGCGUGUGUGUGCAGGAAUCAAUCGCCAGCUUAGCACAAGGUUCCCACAAAUGACGAGUGUUUUAUUAAGGUGGGGAGUUGGCCUCGGUCCUGGCAAGGCUCCGAUUGGCCCCCGGGCGUGGAAAUUGAUUGCAAUCUAACUAAGAGGCUCCGGGCUGCUCACGUGCCAAGGUUUGGCUCGGCGGGCGCGGGUGCCGAGCCGGAGUCUGGGCUGCAUUAAGAAGAAAGUCAUUCAGGAACUUAAACGUCCCCCCCUCCCCCCCCCAUACUCCGCCCCCCUCGUCCAUUUCUUUCCAUUCUUUAAUUAAUCAUCUGGUCUGUGUCCUGAUCCACCUUCACCCGCUCUCCCCUUUCCUCAUCGCUCCCCCCCUCCCAACGACCAUCCAUCUCUGCUCGAUGUCCGAUUCUCCUCGCUGGUUUCUCCCUCGUUCAGGAGUCCUUGUAGACGUACAGUAGAAAGUAGCGUCUCUAGAUUCGCCAGGCGUCUUGCUGAUGGUCCUCCUCAGCACCUCCCGGGGUCGUGCUACAGAGAGGAAUCCAUUUGCUGUUGUCCGUCGACCCGUUAGACAGUUACGUCUGUGAUAGUUUUUGUACACCUUUUUUGGGAAUGUUCAGGGAUUGUGCUUUUCGUACCCCCCCCCCCCCCCAUUAUCGUUAACCGCCACCGCACUGGCUGCAUUUAAAGCCCGGCCGGUGCGUCUAUAAGCUAGCUAAAAUACAAAGGGUAAUGUGACCCGAAGCAGGGUCAGCUGUUGUCUUACUUUCUCUCCUCCUGUGGCGUUCUCGUAAACUUGGCUUCACCAGUGUUUGGAUUCCGUUGGACGCGGUUUCAAUAACUGAGGUGGAUAUUUUCUGGAGCUCACGACACUGUUGAUCCCACGUUUACGCCGCGUCGCCCUCCAGCCCCGGUGCGUGCAGACCAGAGGACGGGCCUCGUCUCACGGAGCUCGCUGUCCACUUCGAAGAGACACCUUUGGUUUUUAUAUUUAAUCCCAGUCCAGUUCUGCUCUGUGAAUGGAGAAAAGGAAAAUCUGCCUCAUACCUAAAAAAGUGUAGUGUCUUUUUAAAACUAAUGGACCUGUAUUUGCCUGUAAUUUAUCGUCCUGUCCUUCGUCUUAGUUAAUGUGCUAGCAUGUAGCUUGCAUGAGAAACGGUUGGAAUUGUAGAUAGUGUCGGGGGAUGAGCAGCGGGGGCGAGCUCCUCUCCUGGGACGAGGGCGGCGGGCGGCCACCGGCUGACCUCGCUGCCGUUCUCUGAUCUGCAAACAUUAGGCCGUGCCCCCGGUUCAACCUUCUGUACCUCCUCAUUAAAACAGAGGCAACUCACGAAGGCCCAAGUUCUUCUUCGCUUGCCACCACCGCUCCAUUCAAUCAACACAGAGGUACAGAGGAACUCAUAAAUCCCGUGCAUCAGUGCAGUGAUGACAAACUGUCACCAGAUGCCAGCAAACAGCAGCUUGUCUUGUCCCAAGCUGUCCAGUCCUGUCCUGUCCUGUCCUGUCCUGUCCUGUCCUGUCCUGUCCUGUCCUGUCCUGUCCAGUCCUGUCCUGUCCCGCCACUCAACUCUCACCAACUCCUCUACGGGCAGUCGCACACUAGCUGCCUCUCAUCCCUAUUCGUUUUAAAUGCUAUACGAACAAAUUGAUUUUUAAAUUCCGUUUUGUAAAAGGUGUGCAUAAUCUUAAAUUUAAUUACUUUCAGUUCAACCGAUAAUCAUAUUUUUAUUAGUUUGUCCAAAACUUGAAGGUUAGAAGUUUAGUUUUUUUUGCGUAUUUUAUUGUUUCAACAACCCUCUUUUUUUUUUUAUAAUUCUCGUGUAUAUAGUGUUGCCUUUACUGGAUACUCUUACAAACGCACCCAUACACACUUUGCACACACACUUAGGGUACAUGCACAUCCACACACAUAUCGUAAUAUGCACAGCAGGCAUGGCGUCUGUGACUAUGGUGUAUUUGUACAUAUGUGUGUGUAUGUGUGUUUGUGUAUGAGUGUGAGAUGUGUAUUAAUUGAUCCAAACAGACUCCGAAAACACUCAUAACGCGUGUUGCGUUCACGAAAAUGUUAUUAUUUCAAUUCAACUAAAAUGACGUCUUUGUCUUUAGCCUCAUUAUUAUUUCUGGAUGACAAGUCUUCCUUUUGAAUAAAUGUCCAUAUCACACGAGAGUAGUGCUGUCUGUCCUUUCUACUAUCGCCGGAGACGUCCCCGAGGCGGGAGCCAGCCGCAUGCCGUGCUGGGUUUCCUCUGUUGGCCGUUUGUGAUCAUGAAGUAUUUGUUUUGAUUUGGUUUUUCUGUUCAAAAAUGCCAGUUCAGUUGUUGACUUCAAUAAACAUGCAUUUGGGUUAAUUUCA